CUCAGCUCUCCCCAGCAAUGGCGUCCUGCUGCUCCUGUGGGCCAAGGCUGCCUCCUGCACUCUCUGGGCUGAACCCACGCAGCUCUGGUCCUCUCCCCAGAACUGACCUCUGAAGCCUGAGUCUCUGGGCCCCGACCCGAGGGUCUCAGGCGGUGGUGUCCCUGGGAGUGGUACCAAUGAGUCUGGUAGAAGCUGCCGAGGAGGCCGACCUGAACCACGAAUUCAACGAGUCUCUGGUGUUUGACUAUUACAACUCCGUCCUCAUCAACGAGAAAGACGAGAGCGGCGCAUAUGUGGAGCUGGGGGCUGAGUUUGUCCUCGAGGCCAAUGCUCACUUUAGCAACUUGAUGGUGAACACGACCCUGAGCAGCGUGCAGCUGCCCACCAACGUCUACAACAAAGACCCAGAUAUUUUGAAUGGAAUCUACAUGUCUGAAGCCUUGAACUCUGUUUUUGUGGAGAACUUUCAGAGAGAUCCCACGCUGACUUGGCAGUACUUUGGCAGCUCAACUGGAUUCUUCCGCAUCUAUCCAGGCAUCAAGUGGACGCCUGACGAGAAUGGAGUCAUUACCUUUGACUGCAGAAACCGCGGUUGGUACAUACAAGCCGCCACCUCCCCCAAGGACAUAGUGAUUUUGGUGGACACGAGCGGCAGCAUGAAGGGGCUGAGGAUGACCAUCGCCAAGCACACUGUCUCCACCAUUCUGGACACGCUGGGAGAGAACGACUUUGUGAACAUCAUCGCGUACAACGACUACAUCCACUACAUUGAGCCUUGUUUCAAAGGGAUCCUGGUCCAGGCAGAUCGGGACAACCGUGAGCACUUCAAGCAGCUGGUGGACGAGCUGAUGGUCAAGGGCGUGGGGGUUGUGGACCGAGCUCUCAGUGAAGCCUUCCAGAUCCUGCAGCAGUUCCAAGAGGUCAGGCGUGGGAGCCUGUGCAACCAGGCCAUCAUGCUGAUCACCGACGGGGCCGUGGAGGACUAUGAGCCGGUGUUCCAGAAAUACAAUUGGCCCGACCGCAAGGUCCGGGUCUUCACUUAUCUGAUCGGGAGGGAAGUGAGUUUUGCUGACCGCCUGAAGUGGAUUGCGUGCAACAACAAAGGCUACUACACGCAAAUCUCCACGCUGGCAGAUGCCCAGGAGAACGUGAUGGAGUACCUGCAUGUGCUGAGCCGGCCCAUGGUCAUCAACCAUGACCAUGACGUCACCUGGACGGAAGCCUACAUGGACAGCAAGGCACAGAGCCUGACGCUCCUCACCACGGUAGCCAUGCCUGUCUUCAGCAAGAAAAACGAGACGCGAUCCCACGGCAUCCUCCUGGGUGUGGUGGGCUCCGAUGUGGCCCUGAGGGAGUUGAUGAAGCUGGCACCCCGGUACAAGCUCGGUGUGCACGGAUAUGCCUUUCUGAACACGAACAAUGGCUACAUCCUCUCACAUCCUGACCUCCGACCCCUGUACUGGGAGGGGAAGAAACUGAAGCCCAAACCCAACUACAACAGUGUGGACCUCUCGGAAGUGGAAUGGGAAGACCAGGCCGGAACUCUGAGAACAGCCAUGAUCAACAGGGAGACAGGGUCUCUCUCCAUGGACGUGAAGGUCCCGCUGGACAGAGGGAAGCGAGUUCUUUUCCUGACCAAUGACUACUUCUUCACAGACAUCAGUGACACGCCUUUCAGUUUGGGAGUGGUGCUGUCCCGUGGCCACGGAGAAUACAUCCUCCUGGGUAACACGUCUGUGGAAGAAGGCCUGCAUGACCUGCUUCACCCGGACCUGAGCCUGGCCGGUGAUUGGAUCUACUGCCUCACGGACAUUGACCCUGACCACCGGAAGCUCAGCCAGCUGGAGGCUGUGGUCCGCUUCCUGAAGGGGCAAGACCCAGCACUGGAGUGUGAUGAGGAACUGCUGCAGGAGGUGCUGUUCGAUGCGGUGGUGACGGCCCCCAUGGAAGCGUACUGGACGGCGCUGGCCCUCAACAUCUCUGACGAGUCUGAGCGUGUAGUGGACAUGGCCUUCCUGGGCACCCGUGCCGGCCUCCUCAGAAGCAGCCUAUUCGUGGGCUCCGAGAAAGUCUCUGACAAGCAGUUCCUGACUCCUGCAGAUGACGCCAGCAUGUUCACCCUGGACCACUUCCCUCUGUGGUACCGCCAGGCCGCCGAGCAGCCUCCAGGCAACAUGGUCUUCAACCUCCGCUCGGUGGAAGGACAAGAAAGUCCGGGCGAGCCUGAGGUAGUGACAGUGAGCACAGCUGUUGCCGUGACCGUGGACGAGAGGACAGCAAUCGCUGCAGCGGUGGGCGUCCAGAUGAGGGUGGAGUUCCUGCAGCGCACAUUCUGGUCGGCCACACGGCAGUGCGGUGCUGCCGAGGGGCCGUGCUUGGAGAGCUGCCAGGACAGCGACCUGGACUGCUUCGUCAUUGACGGCAAUGGGUUUAUCCUGAUCUCGGAGAGGGCCCAGGAGAUGGGAAGAUUCCUAGGGGAGGUGGACGGUGCCCUCGUGACCCAGCUGCUCGGCAUGGGAGUGUUCAGCCAAGUGACCAUGUACGACUACCAGGCCAUGUGCAAGCCCCCCACUCACCACCCCAGCGCCUCCCGGCCCCUGGCCAGUCCCAUCUCUGCCCUCCUGACGGCUGCCAGGUGGCUGGUGAACGAGCUCAUGCUGCUCCUGCUGGAGUGGAGCGCCUGGGGCUCUUGGCAUGCGGACAACAGGGCGGAGGCCAAGACCGUCUUCCAUCACUCCCACAAGCACAAGAAGCAGGAUGUGCUGCAGCCCUGCGACACCGCAUACCCCGUGUUCGUGCACCAGACAGCUGUCCAGGAGGCCAACGGCAUCAUCGAGUGUGGAGCCUGCCAGAAGACAUUUGUGAUGCAACAGAUUCCCAAGAGCAACCUUCUCCUGCUGGUGACAGACCCCACCUGUGACUGCAGCAUCUUCCCACCAGUCCUUCAAGAGGCCAUGGAGGUCAAAUAUAACGCCUCUGUCAAGUGUGACAGGAUGCGCUCCCAGAAGCUGCGCCGGCGACCAGACACCUGCCAUGCCUUCCAUCCAGAGGAGAACGCCCAGGACUGUGGUGGCACCUCGGACACCUCAGCCUCACACCCCCUGCUCCUGCUACCUCUGUGUGCCUGGGUGCUGCCACCCCGGCUGCUGCAGUGACCCCUGCCCAGUCUGACCUGUUUGACAAGUCAAUCCUUCCAGAGACACUGGCACGUCAGCAGUGGAUGUGGGCUCCAGCGCUCUACAGUGGGAUCCUCGCCCAGCUCAACACUCAUCCCAAGCUUGGGCUGAUGGUCCCUGCCUCCCAAGAGUGCUGGUUGGAGCCAGAAAUCGCUCCCCCAAAACCUUGCAGGGUGCCUGGUACUGUCCACCCAAGUCCCAAUGUGCAUCCUCCUUUCCGUCCCCCUCUUUGGGAGUCCAUGAACUCGGUGGGGACCACGACAGAAUUUAUUUCCAGCUAGACUCCGGAGAGGCUCGGCUGUUUCUCAGGAAUCCAGGUGGUCUUCAGUGGAAUCCAAGGACUUAGAGGUACUGAGAAAAAGGAGGAGAAUGAGGCCAACAGCAGAAAGGAGAAGAGAGCAGGAAUGCGCCCACCAGAAAUGCAGCCGCCCCGGGGUGAGUGCACGGCAGGGCUGCUCAGUCUCCCCGCUGCACGUCAACUACCUGCAUGUGUAUGCGAGACAGACAGGGAGAGAGACAGAGGAAAGGCAGGGUCCUUUACAUUAACGUGGCUGCAUGUGAUGUUCACAAACCGUUGAUGUUUUUUUAAAAAUUCUAAAAAUGUCUUGCAAAGCUCUAAUUAAAGAAUGUCUGCAUCUCUAAGAAAGAGCCAAUAGGGUGAGAUACAAGCUGCUUUGGCGGAAGAGGAUGCAAAUUCAGGGGAGGUGGCAGCCAACACUGCAGCCAAGCAGAGGUGCAGGAGAGUGUCCCUCAUGGUUGACAUGGUCAGGGGGCUCCUGAGGGCCAACUCCAGGUCCCAGGAUGCCAGGUCCCACCGGCAGGUGAUCUUUCUCUGGCUGCUGGUAGGCAAGAGACUACCCGACUCUGUCCCGGGGUCUGGAACUCUGGGGAACAUUCCAGAGUCCACUGGGAAGGGAGAGCAGGGUCUGGGUCUCUGCGUGGCCGGAAGUGGGUUCUAAGGCUUGGCGCUCCCUUUCAGAACCAAGGGAAGCAAAGACCGUUUCUCAUAAACCAAGCUUGCUACUCACCUGGGUUAACAGAACAUUCUGGAGUCUGGCCUUCAGAGGUCAGCACUGUCCUUCUCUCUACUUUGGUAGUUUUACCACCACCAAAGGACAGCAGGUGGCAGCCUGGCUCAAGCUAAAGUCCUGUCACCUUGAUUUCAGAGACAGGUUAAAAAAACCUAAGGCAUUCAGGCAUUCAGUCAAUGACAAGAUACUGGGGGAGAAAUUCCUGAAAUCCCUCUUCCUUUGCAUGACCAAGAGCAAGAGAGCUUUCAAAACACUGGUAGCCCUCUGAGUACACACCCCCUAAAUGUCCUAGGCUAGUCUAUUUAGUAUAGAAAACCUCUCUGGUGGCCAAAAAAUACUAUGAAUAAUUCCACAAGAUCUUACUUAACUUGAACAGUCAGUUCCUGGAGAGCUUUUUCAGUCUGGGCUCCAGCACUCAAGGGAAGUUUCCAAAAUUUUAAGCUUCAGUGUCUAAAUUGCAGCUUUAAGCAAGAAGUACCAAAAGCUAUGGCGUUAAGGCAGUGUAAAAACAGAAACCCCCAAGAAAAGUUCAUGUUCCAUUUGGUUCUUUUUAUUAGAAGUUGAGAACACAGCAAGUAGGGAAAUCCCAUGGGGAAGGGAACCACCACACAAAUGCCUCUCCGGAACCCCAACCUAUGAUCCCCAAAGUGUGCUUUGUGGCUUCAGCAAUUUAUAAAGGGGAAGGGGGACAAUACUGAAAAGGCCACUAUUUAAUGGUGAGAGGAUGAAGCUGUAGAGGUCCUAACCAGCCCAGGGCCCAAAGGAAAUUAAAAAUCUGCAGAGCAAGCGAGCCCCUGACUGCUGAGAGUAAGGCAUCCAGGCGCCAACCUGUGAGGGUUCUCAGCGAGCUGGUAAGACCGCGGAGGUGGGGAACGGGCUGCGCGCAGACAUACACGGAAGUGGGCCCCCCACCCCGAGGUCAGGGGGCGCGUCGGUGGCAUUUAUUCCUUUUCUCCUAAGGGUUUGUGCUAUGUUGAACCAGGCCAGCUCCGUUGGGGUGUGGGGCAACAAGGGCCCAGACUGCUACUGCCACUGGUGGCACAGGGCUGCCUUGGGCCCUCUGACUCCCCAGGGCAUGACCACAGAGCAAGCCUGGCUUCUGAUAUGUGUUGCUGCUCCCAUAAAACGGAGGAUGUUCCCUCCAGAGGCCAUGGCCCAGCCGGGCGGGCUGCCCCAGGGAAGUAAUACUGUUCCUUGUCCUGCUGGGCACGGCAGCAGCUCAAGUCGUUCACUGGGUCUACCCAGGACCCAGGGCAGUGACCUUGCUCAGAACCACAACACUCAAGUUCUCCCCAAGGUCCACGGUGGAGUCUUCCUUCCUGGCUCCCACUUGCUGGAGAUGGGAGGGGACGAGAAAGGAGAAACAGAACCAAGGAAACACUCCACACUGACAUCACAGGGGCCACCUCUGGGACAGAAGCAGCCUUUUUCCACUCCAAGAAUCCCUUCAAAGACAUCUUUAGGGAUUCUACCAGACUCCCUGGCAAUAACAUACCGCAUUUCCUUUUAAAACUUCCCACCACACUAUCCCUAAAAAGGGGGGUCCUGGGAAUGCUGGUAACUCUGUGGUGGGUAGGUAAUAGCAAUGCCUUGUAAGCAUUCCACUGGCUUUGUUUCCGUCUGUCACCUAGGUUUACCAGGACAGUUAACACAGAUGAAACUUGCCUGAUGCAAAGGAAGCCCAUGGAAAUGAGUCAGGAGGCACCUGGACCCAAAAGAACCUCUUUUGUGGCUGGCUCCACGCCAAGAACUAUGAUGCCAGGGAAAGGUCGAUCUUCAUUCCCAGCAGGAGGAAGACUACCUCAGGGCAGUGCUUUUAACAGAGCGAAACUCACAGGGAUUUCCAGAGCUCCGUAGCAAAAAUACAGAGAACUGUCCCCUCGCAACCAGUAAGCUGAAGGGGAUGCCAGGAAGGAAUGAGGUCUGAUACUAAGAGUCUCCCCUCUCCAACCCCUCUGCCAAGUAGAUGGCUCUGCUCCUUAGAAAGGGCCACUGUCAAGAGUAGACAAGUCAGUCUCGCAAACAAUACCAUCACUAGAGCCUUGAUCUAACACAUCCUGAUAGCCUUUCACGUGCUAUUUCCACCGGGAACAUACAUGCACUUCCUUCCACCUCGGGGCCACAAGGGCACUCAGGCGUAAGAGUGGCCACGUGAUUGCUGGGCUGGACGCUCUGCCCCACCAGGGCCCAAGGUGUGCCAGCCUUCCGAAGGCACCUGGGUGCACAAGGCAUUAUACAUUCCAGGGCUGUCACCUGAUCAUCCUAGUCACUUGUGCAAAAUUGAAACAGUGUGUGGUACUUGCAUGUUUCGUUCUAUACAAAAAUUCUCCCUCCCUCCCCUACCCCUAUGUUUUAAACAUUUAUAUAAAUUUGUAUUUAAACAGUAAGUUAGAAAUCUUAUUUACAUUAAUUUCUUUGUUCUCCCAAAAGAGCAUCUAAAAGUACACUCUCACCCCUUAAUAGAAUAUAAAUGUUCACCGAAAUUGGUCUGUAUUAUUGUUUGAAGGAGAGGAAGGGAGAAGGAACCUCCAACUACACUGUCCCCACGUCUAGAAAUGAGCAGGAUACCGAUCAGAAGCCAGUUUGCCUGGGGUCUCAUGGAGCCCUCAGCCAGCAGCGCCAAGAACAAGUCAGGGUUCGGGCGUCUUUCCUCUUCCCCACCCUUUGAGGUGUGAUUUAUUUGUUUUCUC